AUGGGAAACUCAACCUCGGCAAACAAAGAUUCUCUUGAGUCCAUGACCUUGGGCUCGCUCCUCCUGGGCCCUCCCCCAGCAGACUGGGACUCGUCCAAGGACUCUGUCCAGCACGGCUCUAUCACAAAACCCGUAAUGGAAAAGGUUGAACCCGUUGGCCCAAUGUACCUGGCCCACGCCCGCCGCAAGCUCUUCAACAGAACAUUCUCCGAGGACGAUAGGCAUGUUGCCCAAUCUGAAGCUGAAGCCGCCGCUGCUGCCAAAUUGCUCGAGGAUGCAGAGACGGCGGACGAGCAUGAGAUUGAGGUUGACCAUAAGGAUGAUCUGAGACGGGAUGCCAAGGACUGGAAGGCCCAGGAUCAUUAUCGGCUCCUGGGUUUGGGCACUGCUCGCUGGAGGGCUAGCCGCAGCAUGAUCAAGAAAGCGCAUCGCACCAAGGUGCUGGUCCACCACCCGGACAAGAAAUCCGCCGCAACAGGCAGUAACGCAACCCACGACGAUGCAUUCUUCAAAUGCAUCCAAAAGGCCUACGAGGUCCUCUCCGAUCCCAUCAAGCGUCGCCAAUACGACUCUGUCGAUCCCAUCCCCGAAGAAUCCUAUAACGCCCUCAAGGAUGGUGCCGAUUUGCCGUUUAUUGAAGCCUGGAGGCCGGUCUUUGAACGCGAGGCAAGGUUCUCGGUCAAGGAUUUGAAGGAAAUUCCAACGAUUGGAACGAUGGAGUCGACAAAGGAGGAGGUGGAGGCGUUUUAUGGGUUCUGGUAUGGGUUUGAGAGUUGGAGGUCGUUUGAGUACCUUGAUAAGGAAGAAGGUGAAGGCGCUGAAAACCGUGACGACAAACGCUACAUUGAAAAGAAGAACAAGGCAGAACGCGCAAAGCUGAAGAAGGAGGACGGAGCACGUCUCAGGAAGUUGGUCGACACUGCCUUUUCCCUCGACCCACGCAUGGCCGCAUUCAAGGAGCAAGAAAAAGAAGCGAAGGACGCUAAGAAGAAGGAGCGUCUGGAGCAGAGCAAGAAGGCUAAGCGGGAUGCAGAACGGGAGGCUGCGUUGGCCAAGGAACUGGAAGAGGAGAAGAUGAGCAGUGAGCGACUCAAGAAGGAGGAGGAAAAGAAGGAGAAAGAGGUCAAGAAGAAGUCUAUCCGUAAGGAGAAGAAGAACAUCAAAACCCUUAUGAAGGACGCCAACUACGGAUAUACCAAGGGAAAACACAUUUCGCCUUCAACAUUAGAGAUAUACCUCUCGGAGCUGGAGACGAUGCUGGACAAGUUGACCCUUGAAGAUUUGGAAAGAGUUGUUGCAGGACUGAGUGUUGCCAAGACCAGCAACCAGGACAAACAAAAGAUCCUUGAAACCGAGGCACAGAAACUCGUUCGGGAUGGGUUGGCCAACCCUGAGAGCCUUACUCAAUUCGGUGCUGAUGGUGUGACGAAAAAGAUUAGUGAGACUACCACGACUACAACCACCAUUACCCCAGCAGCAACCAUAACUACAUCCUCCACCAACACCCCAACAAAAGAGUGGUCCGUCGAAGAAGUAGCCCUCCUCAUCAAAGCCGCCAACAAGUUCCCCGGAGGCGUCAGCGACCGGUGGGAGACCAUCGCCGCAUAUGUCGCCCUCCACACAGGACUCCCCCAACGCGACCCAGAAGAUGUGAUCAAAAAAUCUAAGGCUGUCCAGAAGGGUUCGCAUCAGGAGGCGACGGUGCGACAGUUGCAGUUCCAGAAGAAGACCUAUGAUAUUGCCGACUUGCCUACAGUGAGGUAUGAUAUUGAAGGUGAGGUCCCUCCCGUUGUUGCGGAAGCGGGCGAUGCUGCUUCGGCAAAGAAGACAAAGAAGAAGGGCGCUGCUGCUGGAGCCACCCCUGCAAAGGCUAAUGCCUCACCAGCACCCAAGGCAGCAACACCUAUUGCACCCGUGACCGCCACCCCCACCCCAGCACCAACACCAGCAGCAGUAACACCUGUCGCCACAUCAACAACGGCAUCAAGCGGCGCAGGAGCAAAGACCGCCGCAUUGGCUGCCCUCACCUCUCCAACUGCUGCAGCUGCGGUUGCGCCUCCGGCUUCACUGUGGACAGCCGCCGAGCAGAAGCUUCUGGAAGCAGGUAUGAAGGCUUACCCGCCCUCAUGGCAAGGUGAAGGCGAUCGAUGGGACAAGAUUGCCGAGUCCGUUCCUGGAAGAACCAAGAAGGAGUGCAAACUGCGCGUUAAAUAUUUGCAAGAACAAGUCAAGGCCCAGAAAGCCGCUGCAGCAGCGAGCAAAUAA